UGGUUCUGGAAAUCUCUACCUUUUUUCGGGUGUGUAAUAGGGUUGUAAUUUAGGAGUGUAAUUAAGCGUGAAUAAAGCGGCUUCUAAGCACGGGCACGGUGUGUAAAGGGUAUCGGAACAUUCAAAUUGUGUUCGCCAGUGCACUAAAAACCGGAGGACGGAAUUUUAACCAAAUGACCAACAUCGAGCAACACCAUGACGUGGUUAAGGAAAGCUUUUUUCACUUUAUCCGUAAACACAUACCGAAAGCGGACCUGAGCAUUGUGGACGAGAUCGUCCUGUCGUACGUAAUAUCCAUCCUCGAGGAAGCCUCCCAGGAUCCGUGUUUCGAUGUUGAAGGUUUCAUCGAAAUGAUGUCGGCGUACUUUAAUGACUUUGCCAACAUUGAGCCGGAAACGGUGUGCACUUGGAUAUUCGAGCUAGAAAAUCAAAUCUCCAACAAAAAUCCGAUCUCGAAGACGGAAUCGAACAAUCUUUCGCUGAAUUCCCUGUCCUUGGUGGACAUGAUACCGGAGGAGAAGCUACGGGGACGUCACUCGUCGGAAAGUGAUCGUGAAGGGGUGGGCCACGAUUCGCACAAACGUACCCACCGCCUGUCCGAUAGUGAUGGUGGAUCGACCGAGGGAUGCAAUUACGAUCUAUUUGCGGAACAGUGCGAUAUACUGCAGGAAAUGUUUCCCGACAGCUCAUUCAUCGAGGUGAAGCAUUGCAUUUUGAUCGCAAAUGGUGAUGUCGAUCGGGCGACACAAAUUCUUCUCCAUCGCCAAGAGGCGGGCCAAAGCUUGAAGGGCCCAUCGAACAAUAUGUUGCAGGCGGGCAAACCGCACCAGCAGGUGGACGAACACGAGCUUAAAAAUCGUAUCAUCUCUAAAUAUUCGUAUGUCGAUAAGGAGGACAACCGAGAGUAUAAACCGGUUGCGCCGAAAGUGGAACCGAAGAAGCUGAUCCGGUAUCGGGACAAUAAGAUUGUUUCGUUCAAGGGCGAGCGGUACACGGAGGUGUCCCGUCGCGGUGGCGAGGAAGAGACUGAACUCAAAAAACCUAAGAAACCUAUCUGUCCGUAACUAAUGAUACUCAUCCCCACACUCACUAGUUCAUAGCGAAACGUUAAGAGCUUCAUCGAAGCUGUAGUCGAACGUGGACGUACCAGAAAGACCGCCAAACAGCAGCAGCACCACCAUCAACAUUGGCAUAAUCCGUACCGGAUCGUUCCAGUUGAUGCGUGUGGCGGCAUACGAAACUCCCUUCCCCGUGCAAAUGACUGCCUGCCGGUUAAUCUCAAGACUUACAGUCAUUCUUCUCGAAGUAAAAUCAUAUAAGCAUACGCAUAGUGAAGAUGGAACGAUCUGAACCAGUUCAGUAAAGGUGUGUUGUAGUAGUUUUCAUGGAAAUUCGGUAAUUUCAGCUACCUUAUUUCAACGUAUUUUAUAGUUGUACAAACAAAAAAAACCCCCCCAUGUUCGUAACGUAACGGUUAGUCAGACAGACGAAGGCGACCCGAAAGGAUAUAGAUGUUUGUAGGAAUCAUCUGUACUUAAAUUAUAUUGUGACGAGUAAUGUGAAAUGCACUUACGCAUUGUUUUGUCGUAAGUGGGUUGCCGCGCAAGAACAUUCACGGUCCCAUGCUUUCUUGCGGACGGUUCUUAGCAUCGACAAUUUUUUGGGUUUUGUUACACUUAGUUCCUUGCAAGGGAAACAUUGCCGCUUCCUCCUGCAUUCCUUUUUCCUUUGUAUUAUUCAUAGGUAAUCGUAAUACGUGUAUAAUAAUAAUAAUAAUAAUAAUAAUAAUAAUAAUAAAAGUGACAGUCAACCUUAACUUAACAAACUGCUUUUGGGUAGUUAUUAGGGAUUCAGUUUAAAUUUUCGAUACUGUCACACGCGGUCGCGUUUUCACGAUUAUAAUACUCAGCUUAAGGUAUUAUUUGAACAUUUAAUUUUAAUUGUAGAUUCGAAUGUUAUUAGUGGCAUCC